UGAAGCAUGCGCGGUUUCCUGUCAAGUUCAUGCGUUCCAGGAUUUGCAGUGGAGGUCACAGUUUGCAGAGCAAGACAGAGAGGGCUGCUGGAGGCUGCACACCAUCAUGGCAAAGCUGUUUGAGAGCAUCGGGAAGCUGGGGCUGGGGCUGGCCCUGGUGGGAGGGGUGGUGAACUCCGCCCUGUAUAACGUGGACGCUGGUCACAGAGCAGUGAUAUUCGACCGCUUCCGAGGAGUCCAGGACAUCGUGGUGGGAGAGGGAACGCACUUCCUUAUCCCCUGGGUCCAGAAACCAAUCCUGUUUGACUGCAGGUCUCGCCCACGCAAUGUCCCGGUCAUCACAGGGAGCAAAGAUCUGCAGAACGUGAACAUCACGCUGAGAAUCCUGUUCAGGCCCUUGGCGGGCCAGCUGCCCCGAAUCUUCACCAGCAUCGGGGAGGACUACGAUGAGAGAGUGCUGCCCUCCAUCACCACGGAGGUCCUCAAGUCUGUCGUGGCUCGCUUCGACGCGGGGGAGCUGAUCACGCAGAGAGAGCUGGUGUCUCGGCAGGUGAACGAGGACCUGAUGGAGAGAGCCGCCACCUUCGGGCUCAUCCUGGACGAUGUCUCCCUGACUCACCUGACCUUUGGGAAGGAGUUCACAGAGGCUGUGGAGAUGAAGCAGGUGGCCCAGCAGGAGGCAGAGCGAGCCCGCUUCGUGGUGGAGAAGGCGGAGCAACAGAAGCAGGCGACUAUCAUCUCGGCAGAGGGAGACUCCCAGGCGGCCUUGCUCAUCGCGGACUCACUGGCCACGGCGGGCGACGGGCUGGUGGAGCUGCGCAAGCUGGAGGCGGCCGAGGACAUCGCCUUCCAGCUGUCCCGCUCCCGCAAUAUCACCUACCUGCCUGGAGGCCAGAGCACACUGCUGCAGCUUCCCCAGUGAGGGAGGCCAGGCACACAAAGAGGAGAGCAGCCCGCCAGGGAACCAGAGCAUCAGCUUCACCAGAGCCAGCCAGGCUAGCACCAGCAGACCAUUCCUGUGCGCUAUUUUUUUUUUUUUUGGGUCCACAUGCUUUGUCCACUCCAUACACUGAUGUGGCGGUCUUGUGAUAUAUACAAUAUCUCUUGGCCAUCAUAAUAUGUCCAGCUUAUUUUACAUUACUUUCAUAUUAUUUUUUUAAUUGGCAUUCUCCCAGGUGGGCUAUUUUUCUACAGGUUUGACUAAUGUAUUUAGUUUCCUGGCAUGUGGUAAGAAUGUGUGAAAUAAUGUCUGUCUUGAGAGCUGGAAAGCAGUGCAGAUUGAAAAUGAAUCUCUAGUUUAUAAGAGAACCCUGGACUGAUCUGUUGGUGCUGGGUGUGCCCUGCCCUGCCCUGUUUCAGCGUUUUGAUUUGGAGUCUCGCUGUCCCACGAGCGACCUCGCGUCUUAUCUCACGCAGUGUUGCUGGUAACAUGCAGAACUUUUACUGACAGCAUUUGUGGAUUUGCCAACCUCUUUGAAUUCUAAUAGUGGAGUCAUUUGUACCCCCCUGUUUUUAUAUUCUGUUUAAUUCACCCAGCCAUAAAAGCUUAAACAUACUUCUCUCUUUAUACUGUGGAAGAGAACUUGUUUGAUUUGUAAAACCAGAUUUGAAGAUAUUUCUUGUUAUGGUGUGCCGGUUAUUUGCCAGGUUGUGUGCAUAAUCCCAGAAGUACCACCAAACAAAACAAUCUUGUGACAUCGGUGUGGGAUUGUGUGCUGUUUCUCGAUGAGUGCCGGUCCGUGCAGCCCAGUGCAUUCGCUACAUUGCUAUCUGAAAAGGAAGCUUCUUGUCACUGUGUGUGGCUGAGACCUGGUGUCGCUGGCAAUCAGUACUGUUUAUGAAAUGCUUCAUCACACAGCACUUGAACUGAAAACUAAUUGUCAUUUGUGUUUAUUUUUUGUGGGGAUGGGUGUUGAAAUAAUGAAGAAUGAAACACUACCCUGUGGUAUGUACAUGCUGUUUAACCCCUACUCUGAGUAGUUGACGGGCAGAGCAAGACACAUUUCUAUUGCCUGUUCCCUGAUUGGCUAAAGUGAAGAAGAGCAGAGCAUGAAGAAUUCUGUUUCAAUAGAGACAGGUAACUUUUGUUUUGGGAUAGCCCUGGCUAGGGGGCUGCUGUUUGUAACCCCUUGUCCCCCCUACUGGAAAGCGCUCGUCUCCUUCCAGAUGGACAGAGCCUCAGUUUUAUGUACUAUUGGUGCAUUUGUUUUUUAUUCAAUUUUCUGAUUUGAAAGAUGAUACACAGUGAAUGAUGAAAUGAAUCUCAAAUAAAACUGCUCAAAAAGA